UUCGUUGAGACAUUUUCAAUAUUCAUUUGAAUUAGCUCAAUUGAUUUGUUUGUUUCUUAUUCCACGAGCUUAUAAUGGCACGAUCCAUGGCAAUUGUUGUGUUUAAUGUGGUGCUUCUCGUAGCCCUCGUCUUAUCAGUCGAAAUGAUGACACCAAUAAUGGGUCGUAAAGCAUGCUCUGAAUUAAUACCGAUGCAACCGAAUUUGUGUGAUGGGCCACGAGUAUCGGUGGACUGCUGGGAUGCUUGUGGGGAAAGGCAUAAUCCGUAUAUUGCAGCAGAAUGUUUCCAUGAAGGACUACUCCCUGAAAAUAUUAACGUUUGUAAAUGUUAUUGGGAAUGUUAGAUAAUGAUGUUUAUUUGGAUGAGAC